GCAGCAGGAUGGAUCAUAUAGACGCAACCUAAACAGAGCCCACCCCGGCCCGGAGAGAAUAUAAAAGCAGGCAGCGUCUCCAGCACCCGCAGCGAUCAAGACAGAGACUUCUGAUCCCCGGAGGACAGUGCGCCGCUUCGAGCUGAGAUGAGAGGAUUUACGCUGAACGGCGUUUGCCAGUGCGGCUUAUUUACGGCCAUCGUCCUAUUUUCUUUCACAUCUUUUGUCGGAGCUGUGAGUUUCGACUUGACUGAGCUUAGGAAUAAAGUUGCAAAAAUUAAAGUGAAUCCAAGAGGCAACCUUUGGGCUACAGGGCAUUUCAUGGGUAAGAAGAGUGUGAUGGAUCCGCCCGUGCUGCCUUCGGCCGCGGAGCAGGACGCGGACGCGCUUGAAGUCGCCGUCCCCGCAGAGCAGGGCGCUCUCGGGGAGCUUUUCCAGGAGUUUCUGCGCGUGGCGUUGCAAGCGCAGGUGGACACGCACGAGAGCCGCUCAAAGAGCCAGGAGCUGGGUUUGUUGAAGGUUUUAGAAAACUACAUACAAAACAGAAAGUGAUGCAGAGGACGGGAGUCCCCCGGCUUCACCAACAGUCUCCUGCUUAUCAUGAUUGUAAUUUACUGUCGCCCGCAGCUCGUCUCUCGCAGAGCAGUUUUUUCCGAGUUUCCUUUGAUGAAUACAUUUCACAUUGUCUUGUUUAAAGUUAUUUAUAUUGAAUAAAAUAAUUAUUUGCACAA